AUGACUGUCUCUUUCAACCUUUGUGUCAUCAACAUUUUGUUUGUAACUGGUGAGUUUUACUUUGAAUGUGACCUAUCUAUCUGCCUGUUGGUCUGUUGGUCGAUAUGUCAGGUGGUAAAGCACAAUACUUUAGGCCAGGGUUCUCAAACCCUGUCCCUGGAGAGCUACCGUCCUGUAAAUUUCGCUCCAACCCUAAUCUAGCACACCUGAUUCUAAUAAUUAGCUGGUUGAUAAGCUGAAUCAGGUUAGUUACAACUGGGGUUGAAACAAAAACCUAAAGGAGGGUAGCUCUCCAGGAACAGGGGUGGAGAGCCCUGCUUUAGGCCAACAAGUAUUGUAAACUAUGCACUCACUAAUUGGAAGUCGCUCUUGAUAAGAGCGUCUGCUAAAUGACUAAAAUGUAAAUCUUGUAUUUUGUAAGCAGUAUCUAGUGUCAACUGUACCGUAUGCAAAUACUAGUCAGAUCUUUUGUAAUGCCCUAUUCAGACCUCUAUAACUCUGUUUUGCCUGUUGAUUCACAGCAUACAGCAGCCUAGAGCUGGCUUCCAGUACUGGUAAGAGAACUAACCCCCCCCAUCUCUUGCUAAUGUCUCUAUUCAUGAUAUCAAAGGGACCCAUCUGCCUCUCACCAGUUUUACACAAUACUCAUAGUUAUGUGAUCAACAUGAGUAGGCGUGGGAGUCUCAACUGUAAUUGACAAUCAGCGGUGGCAUCUCCGGUUCUUUUACACGAUUUUGCACUCCAAUGUUUCAGGCUGUAUAUACCAAUUAAUUGUGAAUUACAGCCUGAUUAAUCAGACAAGGAACACCGUAGCAAAAAAGUUUUGCAACAGAAAAAUUAAAACAUGUGUUCUUAGGUAGCACCUCCCUGUUCCACGCCCGUUUUCUUCCUACUUAACACAACCCAGAAGUCUAACAUACUGUAGGGUCCUUCUCUCUCCCAGCUCAUUGUGGACGACCUCCCCAAGUCCUGGAGGCUGCGAGAGGAGAGAUCAGAAGCUCUGUGCACCACAGCUGGUCCUACCGCCCGCGGCCGUUCAACUGUAGUUGGAUUAUCAAGGCACAUGUAGGAGAGCCUGUUAUUCUCAGGUAAUGUCUACCCACUCGCUGUCUUACCGCUGUCUUAGGGGCUUAUUCGGUGGAUCAGGGUGCAUCGACGUUUGUCCCGAAACAACUUCUAGUGUAGUCCUUAACCUUCUUGGCACUAGUGUACAUCUGAAGGGAUUAGCUAGGUGUAAGCAAUUAGAGGAAGAGUCUGCCCAGCCUGUCAGUGGACAAGGUGGAGCUACUAUCAUGUUGUUUAAUUAUACUUAUCCAAUACUUUCAGAUCUACAUGAAGUGCCUGGGGGGUACGCCGUAGGGGUUGUGUCCGGACUGGACUUUAGAAAGGUCACAUCAUGUAAAGGAAAAUGGCUUCAUAGCCAAAUAAGGACGUUUUUGGAUUGUUUGCUUACUUCUUUGUUAUCUCUUUUUCCCGUUGCUCUUUCAGUUUCUCCCAGUUUUCCACACGGUGUAAGAAGGAAUGGGUCUCGGUGACAUCGUCGACUGGCAAGCCCAUUACCCUCUGUGGUUCCAACCUGCCAAAACCCAUGGAGUUGAUGGGGGGAAACAUUACAGUGACGCACCACUUCCUGCCACACUUAUUCCCUGUGUCUGCGUUCCGCCUGGGCUACGUCCGAGGUAUGGUGCCGUGAUGUUAGGCUAUAUCACUUGUUAAUCAUGACAAAUGACAUAGUAGACUAGUUUUAACUCUAUUUAACCCCAGUUCAUCUCCCUCUCUCGUACUUUCCCUGCCACUCCUCUCUCUCUAGACUCCGGUGACUGUACGGCGGUGGACUUUGAGUGUUUGGGCGGGCGCUGCCUGCCCUUGUCGUGGCGUUGUAACGGCCGGGUGGAGUGCCUCGGUGAAGGGGUGGGCAUAGACGAGCAGGACUGUAAUGGAGAGAUUAAGAUCCUGAACCUGGAUCCUGAGCACAGCAAAACAGUGGUGGCCACCGCCACACCAGAGUCCUACCGGGAGAGGGAGACAGAAAGGGAGAAGAACAGGGGGAGUAACAGCAGAGCGAGGGAUUGGGAAACGGUAGGGAAGGCACCGGGCGAGCUGGAGAAAGAGGAGGAGAAGACAGAGAAGGAAGUAAACGCUGAUGGGGACCACACCAAGGAAAAGGAGCCAGCUAAUCCUAUAGAUGACUUCUGGCAGUUCCAGCCUCGUAGACUCCCCAGCCCCCAGCCUCACCGAGCCCACCCCAGUGUGAACCGGGCCCCCAUCGAGUGGCCCUGCGGGGGCCUCCUCCAGACCUUCUAUGGGACGUUCGCCCCUCCUUCCAUCAGGGGCCCCCCUCUGUUCUGUGUGUGGACCCUGGACCCCCAGGACUCCAGGCCUCUGAAGCUGGACCUGCGGCUGCUGGAGCUGGGGCCUGGAGACACGGUCACCAUCACUAACAGACAGCAGGGCACUGGGGAACUCAUCAAAACUGUGAGUGUGCCUGUGGUGUGUUUGUGUCUUAGAGUUAGGUAAAGUGGCCCCUUUAUAAACUGAUAUGGGGUCAGAUAUCAUUUAAUUCCCCUAGGAUUGGAAGUAGGCUUGUCUUAUUCUUGAUCUGUGGUGAAAGCCAACUUCUACCUCUAGAGUUUGUCAUGUGUCACAAGACUGUUCAGUUACCCAAGUUUUUAAAUUUACUCAAUCUAAUCACUUCAUCCUCUUCCCCCUCCCUUACCCUCUGUGACAGAUCACCAGCGCAUCCAAUUACAAGGCCAUCCAGGUUGAAUCCCAGACCGGCCUCCUGUCCCUGACCUAUCGUACGCUCCCCGGCUCUGAGGGGCUGGGCUUCAACGCCACCUACCGUGUCGGGGGCUACUGCCCCCCCUGGGAGGGUAAAUGUGGGGGUGCCGCGGGGGGCUGCUACACCCAGGAACAGAAGUGUGACGGGCACUGGGACUGUCCCGAGACGGGGCAUGACGAAGCGGGGUGCAGGGGGUGCCCCAGGGACCAGUUUGCCUGUGGAGGGGCUGGGCAGAGGGCGGUGCUGGCGGGGCAUAACUUCAUAGGGCGUCCGGUGUGUUUCCCUGCCAAGGAGAGGUGUAACUACCAGCUGUACUGUUCUGACGGGAGCGACGAGAGAGACUGUUCUCUAUGUCAACCUGGGACCUUCCACUGCGACAGUGACAGGUAGAGGAUGGUGUGUGUGCAGGGAUUUUUCUGCCAUUGAGAUAUUGGGCGUGCCGCCUAAGCGUUUUUUCAGGACGCGUAAAUCCAAACAGUGUAAUUCUUUACUAAUUAUAAAUCGCUUUCAUGUAUUUUCUGGUUGGAAAAGCGCUUUGUGUAAACUUAAACGACCAAAAACAAGUGUAGAAAAGAUAAUGGACCUAUAUAUUGUUUUACAGAAUAGGAUCUUUGAGAUCUAACAAUCACCCAAAUAAAAGAUAAUAGAAAAUUCCAGAAGCAAGAAUGUAGCAGUAUUGAUUUGAUUAGGUUUGAGCAAAAGAACACAGCAUUAGCCAUGGCAAAUUUCUCUCAACUCCAUGGAUAAAUGUGUAGAAUUGCAGGACAUCUGCUUAAAAAUGUCUCUACAUCGCCAAGAUGUGAGUCUCCAAAAAAUGAUCUCAAAUUCACUGCGCCCAUUGCCACUCCCCCUACCGUGCCCACCACCUAAGCCCCCUUUUGAUCCAGAAAAAACCCUGUGUGCAUGCAUUAAUGUAUGUUAGUGAGCUUUGAUGUGUGUGUUAGUGUAGUAUCGAUGUGAUGUACGUGUGGUGUGUUUCGAUGUGUGUGUGUAUACGCCACCUGGACUGUUUGUGCCUCUGCCCCAGGUGUGUGUUUGAGAGCUGGCGCUGUGACGGCCAGCUGGACUGUAAGGACGGGACAGACGAGCUGAACUGCACCGUGACCCUGCCCCCCAAGGUCAUCACCUGCGGGGGCCUCCUCCAGACCUUCUAUGGGACGUUCGCCCCUCCUUCCAUCAGGGGCCCCCCUCUGUUCUGUGUGUGGACCCUGGACCCCCAGGACUCCAGGCCUCUGAAGCUGGACCUGCGGCUGCUGGAGCUGGGGCCUGGAGACACGGUCACCAUCACUAACAGACAGCAGGGCACUGGGGAACUCAUCAAAACUGUGAGUGUGAGGGGGUGUGUAUGUGCAUAAUGGAGUUGGGUAGACAUUGCCCCUAAUAAACUGAAACAAAGUCAGAUAUUUUUUUAUUCAUUGGGAGUAGGGUGGUCUGAUCCUAAAUCUGUGGUUAAACUUUUCUACCUCUGAAAGUUCUUGGAAAGUUAAUUUACCCAAGUUAAUUUACUCAAUCUAAUCACCUCCCUUUCCAUCUGUGACAGAUCACCAAUGCGUCCAAUUACAAGGCCAUCCAGGUUGAAUCCCAGACCGGCCUCCUGUCCCUGACCUAUCGUACGCUCCCCGGCUCAGAGGGGCUGGGCUUCAAUGCCACCUACCGUGUCGGGGGCUACUGCCCCCCCUGGGAAGGUAAAUGUGGGGGUGCCGCGGGGGGCUGCUACACCCAGGAACAGAAGUGUGACGGGCACUGGGACUGUCCCGAGACGGGGCAUGACGAAGCGGGGUGCAGGGGGUGCCCCCGGGACCAGUUUGCCUGUGGAGGGGCUGGGCAGAGGGCGGUGCUGGCGGGGCAUAACUUCAUAGGGCGUCCGGUGUGUUUCCCUGCCAAGGAGAGGUGUAACUACCAGCUGUACUGUUCUGACGGGAGCGACGAGAGAGACUGUUCUAUAUGUCAACCUGGGACCUUCCACUGCGACAGUGACAGGUAGAGGAUGGUGUGUGUGGGGGUGCAUGCGUAGUGUGUUUCGAUGUGUGUGUAAGUGAAUACGCCAUCUUGACCGUUUGUCUCUUCCCCAGGUGUGUGUUUGAGAGCUGGCGCUGUGACGGCCAGGUGGACUGUAAGGACGGGACAGACGAGCUGAACUGUUCCGUGACCCUGCCUCGGAAGGUCAUCACUGCCGCAACCGUUGGCAGCCUGGUCUGUGGGCUGUUGCUGGUCAUCGCUAUGGGCUGCACCUGCAAGCUUUACUCACUGCGCACCCGAGAAUACAGGUAUCUCUCAUGCACCUCACACGUCAAGUUUACUCAUGUUGAUGCUUCAUCAAAAUCACCCACAAACGCCUCCCUUGAUCUGUGUCCAAAAUAAAAAGUAAGAUCACUGUCAACCAAAAUGUCUUGUUGGACCAGACCCCCAUAUGUUUCUGUCUGUCUUCCUCCUGCAGUAUGUUUGCUCCAAUCAGCCGCCAGGAGGCGGAGCUGAUCCAGCAGCAGGCUCCUCCCUCCUACGGUCAGCUGAUCGCCCAAGGCAUCAUCCCUCCAGUGGAGGACUUCCCCACAGAGAACCCCAACGAGGUGAGAGCCUCGGAACAGGUCUGGGAUCAGCUAAAAGUCCCCCAAUCCUAACCUUAAGUGGGGGGGAAAUGCAAAACUGACCUUAGAUCAGAAACCUAAAGGCAACUUUGUCCCUCUGUGAUUGGAGCACAAUUAAUUGAAGGGCUAAAAUAACUGACGACUUGAGAUUUCCUUUAUUUGGUUUCCUUCCUUUACAAUGGGAAUCCUUCACUAACUUAGUUUAUUUGAAAUCUCCUCAGUAGAGCCAUCGGUCCUCUGACUCUUCGUGACUAGCCUUGUAUAUCUGACCUACCAGAGGCACUGAUGGUUCAGCUUCACUGGAUGACUCCAUUAUCAUCAGCCUGCAUUAUAUAUAAUAUAAUAUGCCAUUUAGCAGACGCUUUUAUCCAAAGCGACUUACAGUCAUGCGUGCAUACAUUUUUGUGUAUGGGUGGUCCCGGGGAUCGAACCCACUACCUUGGCGUUACAAGCGCCGUGCUCUACCAGCUGAGCUACAGAGGACCACCUUUAUGAGAGUAGCAGCAGGAGCACGGUCUCAUAGAUUGAGUUACACUAGGGCCUGUAGGAGUUCUGAUCUAGGAUCAGUUUAGCCUUUUAGAUCAUAAUGAAUAAUAUUAUACGGACAGGGGUGACCUGAUCCUAGAGCUGUCUGUUUAGCUGCUGCAGACCGCUGAAGGAGGGAAGGAGUACUAAAACAAUAUGUUCACUGUGUUGUAGCUUUGUUUAAUAGUUCCCUCAAAGCUAGGUGUGAUCUUACGCAAAUCAUAAACUUUAAUGAUAAUGUUAAGAAAUAAUUGUAUUUGUAUAGCACACUUUCAAAUUCAACAAAUUACAUUUCAAGCUUUUAAUAUUUUUCUUGUUCUCUCUCUCGGUCUCUGUGUUCCUCUUUCUUUCCCCAUCAGUCUUCCUCUCUUACUCUGAGAGGUAUCCUCCAUCUCCUCAGACAGGACACCGCCAACUCUCCACGUCGCCGUCACCGGCCCCGAUUCGUCCGCCGGGCCGUCCGUCGCAUGCGGAGGUGGGGCUUAAUCCCUAGACCCGCCUCCAGGCUCUCCCAGCCAUCCAGCUCCGCCCCCCAGCAGACAGAUCCCGCCUCUACUGGUGUAGAGCCCAGUCAAUCAACUCCUGCAACGUCCUCAUUGGCUGUGGAAGCCGUCAAUCUGCCGUUGCCACAGAAACUAGGCUUGCUCCCUCAGACGGUGCCGCACCAACCACCGCCUCCCCCCUCCCUUCCUCCACCCCUCGUCUCUAUCCCGGCCUCCCCCCAGAGCUUCCCUGUGGCUGCCCCUCCCACCAUCAGCAGCCCCUCCCUAGCCUCGCUCUUCCGCUCUCUGGGGCGCGGUAUCUCUCGCUUCCGCGCCUCCCCGUCCUCCCCCACCAACUCCCUGCCCCUCUCCGCAUCCCCCUCUUUCUCCUCCUCUUCGGAGGAUGAGGUGCUGCUUAUCCCUUUCUCGGAGGACAUGACCUCGGAGGAUGAUGUCCCCCUGCUAACCCUUGACACCUGACCUUUUCCAAACCCCACCAACACCCCCCUCCCUAAAUUAUGUGCACAGUGCUCAAGCACAGGAGCACCGCAAGGCUCUCCCUCUCUC